UACUGUCUUAACGAGUUACUGAACAGUGUUUGUUACAAGUGCAUCAACAUGAAGCCUAAUUUUGUACUAGUUUUGGCUCUUGUAGCUGCGAGCUCGGCUUCGCAAGGCAGCAAUAAAGAGAGACCGAAAAUCCCGGGGCCCGGAUUCACUCGAGUUUUCUCGGGCUUCGACAGCAGCGAAUACUACAUUGACUUCCUCGACUACGUGCCUGAUCUGGCAGCGUAUGGCUUCGACAACGUUAUUAGGAGUGCUUGUCAAACUGGAGUGUGGUUCUACUACGAACAAGUGCAGUACAACCAGGCGCCUGGGGCGGUGUACUGGAUGCACGGUAUCGAAUACUGCGGCAACUUCCCACUUGACUACGCUGACGUGACGUCAUCGCUGCGCUAUGCUGGAAGUCCCUACGGCCUCAACGACGACAGCUUCACGCUGUAUCAGGGCCAGACCUUCACCGGCUCCGAGUUUUGGGGUGAAACAAAUUCCGGCACGCUGGACUACAUGGACGCGGAUGGCUCAUCGCUGGUGCUCACGGGACGUUCGCCCUGGACGUUCUUCACCGGGACUCAGUACACUGGCACCGCCGUAUGCGUGUACCCGAGCACCGACCACGACGUAGGCAGCGACGGCACCUUACUGGACCUGGGACUCUUCACUUCCAUGUCGGACUUGGGCUUACCUGACAACUCGGUACGGUCCGUGGCGAAGGGCUGCUUCUCGAAGAAGGUGGUGCGAGGGCGGCCUCUGGAGGCUCUCCAUCGCAGUGCCAACGGUGCCAUGGGGCUCAUUAAAAUAACCCAAUGAUUCAUAUUGUUGUAGACCACCAGGUUCGCAUGAACUGUUGUAAUGAAUAAAAGUCUUUUCUGGUCAA